GUUAAUGGGGUGUUUUUGCUGACAUUCCGUUCCGCUGUCGAACUCUCUGCUUGAAAACUCAACUUGAUGGUGUUGGUGUGUUAUCGCUCUCAAUUCAUUUCACUGUCUCAGCGCUUAAAACCUCAGCGUCUAUUAUUGCCAAUGCUUAGCUCAGUUUGCGCUGUACAAUCCCAAACAUGCAAGUUUUCGCCCUCGGUUCUGUAUCAGCAUCAGCAUCAGCAUCAGCAUUAGCAAUGCCUACUAGGUGCACCAUGCUAGGGCGUUUCCGGGUUGUGGCUGAUGGGUUCCCUUCGUUUCUUCCCAAAGAGGUGGAGAAAAUCAAAGACCCAUUUGCUCGAAACCUCGCCAAGAGGAUUCAGAGACUACCUGUUCCUGUGAAGUUCUCCGAAAAUCUCAUAAUGAGUAGCUGUGUGAAGCCACUGAAGCAGAGCAAGGAAAAUCCAGUAGUUCUUCUGCAUGGUUUUGACAGCUCAUGUUUGGAAUGGAGAUAUGCAUAUCCAUUGCUUGAGGAUGCUGGUUUUGAAGCUUGGGCUGUUGACAUUCUUGGUUGGGGUUUCUCUGAUUUAGAAAAACUUCCACCAUGCGAUGUGGUAUCAAAGCGCAAUCACUUCUAUCAGUUGUUCUGUCAACAGUUUUGGAACUCGUACAUUAGAAGGCCUAUGAUAUUAGUUGGACCAAGCCUUGGCUCUGCAGUUGCCAUUGACUUUGCAGUCAAUUAUCCAGAAGCUGUGGAAAAGCUUGUUUUGAUUGAUGCAAGUGUAUAUGCUGAGGGGACAGGAAACCUAGCAACGUUACCUAGAGCUGUAGCUUAUGCUGGGGCAUAUUUGUUGAAGAGCACUCCAUUACGAUUAUAUGCAAACUAUUUGACAUUUUCGGACAUACCAUUCAAUACUAGUCUUGAUUGGACCAAUGUGGGCCGCUUGCAUUGUUUAUUGCCUUGGUGGGAGGAUGCUACAGUGGAUUUUAUGACUAGUGGUGGUUAUAACGUUGCUUCCGAGAUAGGAAAGGUAAAGCAAAAAACACUAAUCAUUUGGGGUGAGAAUGACCGUAUCAUCAGCAAUAAGCUUGCCGUGAGACUUCACUGUGAAGUACCUGAUGCAAUUAUACGCCAAAUAUCGAAUUGUGGCCACCUUCCUCAUGUAGAAAAGCCAGAUUCUGUUGUCAAAUUGAUAGUUGAGUUUGUUCAGAGAAAGUCCAGCAAGUUAAAUCAGUUUGUUUGACGAAUGUGGGUGUUAAGCUCCUAUUACCCAUUUACUUACAGAGAAAAUAGCAAUAGCAGUAGAUAUUUGGGAAAAGGAAUCAGCAGGCGAUGGAGCUAAGAAGCCUAAGGUCUGCUAAAUAUUAAUUAUAGUUAUUUCCAUUUAUAAGAGUUGUAUCCAAAAUCUGAACUUGAUUUAUGAGAUGAUGAUAUAGUGUUCAGUGAUCAUAUUUCUCACUGAGACUGGAAUCGUACAUUCUUUGCCUCAUGAGGACAAUGUACAUGUGUCGCAUUGAACAAGAAUAAAAACUUAAUGAUAUUAAUGCCUUGGAAGCCACUUAUUUACAAAAUGAAUAUAUUGGGUACAUUUGGA